ACUAUCGAAAUUGUAGAGAGCGACGAAGAAGUUGCUCCGGUAAAACUGCUUAAAAAAAUUGAUAAUUUAACGCGAAAUCUUACUUAAAAAGUAUUCAAUUGCAUUCACUAAAUGCACUAAAGUGCGGUUGCGUUCUAAUUCGAUACGGAAAGGGUACAAAUUCAAGAAAAUCGUUAGUUUUGUGUAAUUUUCAUCUGGGCAGCAUACAUAAUAUACAUAUACGUACAAUACAUACGUGCAUACAACAGACAGACUCACACACGAACAGAUGUACACACAUAAUGUACUUUUAAAGUGUAUUAUUAUUAUUGUGAACGUCGUGUAAAGAGUGCAAUACACUUUUGCUAAAAUUUUGAAUAUUGUUUGCUGCGUGUGAAGAAAGUGCAUUUUUACAUGAGUGCUUCUACUGCUGCUGCUUCACAAAGGGCUGGGGCCGUUGGCUGCUGCUAGGAGUUGCCUUACGUCGCCGUCUCUGCGCUGUCGUCGUUGCCGUCGCCAAAACUUUCGUCUCCGCCAAAGUAUGCAUUGGCAAGUGGAAGCAACAUGCAACAUGCAGCAUCAAAAGCUCCAAGACUAACACGAACAACAUCAACAGCCACUCACCAUAAACCACAAAAGUCACAGAAACCACAACAAACGCAAACACCAUCAUCAUCAUCAUCACCAUCAUCAUCUAGAAGAAUAACUUAAUCAUCGUAAACAGAAUUAGAAGCAAGUACAAUUUGUUGCUAUUGCUGCUGCUCACGCUUUGCUAUUGCUAAUUGCUGUUGUUGUCAUCCUUGUUGUUGUUGUUGCUGCCAUUUGAAGUAGAAGAAACUAUUGAAUCACACGUAGCCGUGGCCUUAACUGGCCUCAACUCUCGAUAGGAGCAGCAGCAACAGCAGCCGGGCCAACGAACGGCGAGGCCCACUGAGGAGGCCACAGUGGAAUGUUGGAAUAUCCACAGCGAUUUGCGCGCAACAUCCCCAACUCCUCCGCGGACAACAGCAGCAGCAACAACACAGCUGGGCAGUAUCCACCGCAGCUGCCACAGCAUCAGAACUAUCAGAGCACCUAUCGCUCCCAAGGACCCGGCUCUUCGCCAGCGCAUCAUCAGCGUCAAUCGUCAGCAGCGGCGCAGGCGCAGCAUCAUCGCACACUGUCGACGGCCUCCAGUUGCAGUGCCCAACACAAAAGUGUGACCUUCGGCCAGCCAGCGUCAACUGGCGACUACAGCAACGGCAGCAGCAGCGGUAACUCCAGUUGCAGUGCCGCUGGCAACGCUGGACCACAAUCAAUGGCGGGCAACAUGAAGCACGGAAAAUCUCAAGAAGACGUCUGCUAUGUGGUGGCCAAAUACGAUUAUGCUGCCCAAGGCGCCCAGGAGCUGGAUUUGCGCAAGAACGAGCGCUAUCUCCUGCUCGACGAUUCUAAGCACUGGUGGCGUGUCCAGAACAGUCGCAAUCAGUCCGGCUAUGUGCCCAGCAACUAUGUGAAGAAGGAGAAGCCCUCGCUCUUCGACAGCAUCAAGAAGAAGGUGAAAAAGGGCUCCGGGUCCAAGACACUGCCCAAUUGUUCGCCGUCGCGUCAAAUCGAGAGUCCAACCAUGUCGCGUCGCCUGCCCCCAGAUCCAUCGGAGGCAAUUGGCAGCGCCAUUGUCAAGUACAACUAUCAGGCGCAGCAGCCGGAUGAGCUAUCGCUCACGAAAGGCACCCGCAUCCUCAUACUGGAGAAGUCCAAUGAUGGCUGGUGGCGUGGCCAGAGUGGCAACUCAGUGGGCUGGUUCCCCAGCAAUUACACAACCGAAGAUUGUGAUAACGAUGGCGAGAUACACACCUAUGCCAUGGCGGAGAAUGUGCUUGACAUUGUGGUGGCGCUCUACAGUUUCACUUCGAAUAACGACCAAGAACUGUCGUUCGAGAAGGGCGAUCGCCUGGAGAUUGUCGACAGGCCCGCCUCCGAUCCGGACUGGUAUAAGGCACGCAACAACCAGGGCCAAGUCGGUUUAGUUCCACGCAAUUAUCUACAAGAGUUAAACGACUACUUGGCCACGCCAUAUCGCAACACCAGCGGCAAUGCUGGCAAUGGCAACCAGCAGGCUGCUAGCAACGGUGCCAACUCCAGUGGCAACGGAGGCGAUUCCAUGGAGCGUCGCAACGAGGGCAACAACAAAUCCUCGCAACCAUCACAGCCCAUCGAGCGUCCCAAUUUGGCAGGCAAGUCGUGGUACUAUGGCGCCAUCACGCGCAGCCAAUGCGACACCGUGCUCAAUGGACACGGCCACGACGGUGACUUCCUCAUCAGAGACAGUGAGACUAAUAUGGGCGAUUACUCGGUUUCCCUUAAGGCGCCCGGACGCAACAAGCAUUUCCGUGUGCACGUCGAGCAGAAUAUGUAUUGCAUUGGACAGCGCAAGUUCCAUUCGCUGGACCAGCUCGUCGAUCACUACCAAAGAGCACCCAUCUACACAAACAAGCAGGGCGAAAAGCUAUAUUUGGUGCGCUCACUGCCAAAGGCCAAUGGCACGUAAAUUGUGAGCACAACACAACAGACGGCGAAAGCAUCUCAUGAGAAUAGCGCAUAGAAUAUUACUACUCGUAAUCUAUAAAAUAAUACUACACAUACAAAACAAAACAAAAUAACUGGAAAACAAAGGCAAACAGCAAACAUGAAAAAGAUACAAACUUUAAACUACAAACACACAUAAUGCGGUGCAGCUUGAUCGAAGAUUGUAGUGUAUUUGAGUUAGGCUUUUGGCAAAUAGCGACUAAAUGUCUGUAUUGUAUAUAUAAAUCGGUUGGUUAAGUGCGAUUGAUUCGAUCGAUUUGAUUAAUUCGUUAAUUCCUCGUGUCUCAAGCAACAACAGACUUUUUGUACUUUUAUAAAAUUACAUACGUAUAAAUAUUAACGAUUAAUUAACGCUUCUAUUGCUAUUUGACAUUGGCCAGCUUUCAAAUGUCUUUUUUAUGUGUAUUCCGUUUGAUUUUGAAAAAAGAUUUAAAGUAAAGCACAAGAACGAAAUUCUAGAUGUGAACAUGCAUUACACAAUUACGAUACUCUAUAAUACGAUAUUCCAAUAACGAUGUUGUAGCAGGUCUGCUUUUAAAUCCCCAAUACUAAACACAUUAUGUACUUGAUUUCUAAUGUAGAUCUAUGAGAGAGAGUGAAGUGAAGUGAGCAGCCAAUUGUCUAUUAACCGAGCGUAUGUGUAUUUUGCUAAUGCUUUGUAAACCUAUAAAAUGCUCACCCUAGGGCUAUAUAUAGAUAUAUAUAUAUGAUAAUGCCGCAUAUACCAAAAUCAUACCGAUACCUUUGAGUAUGUAAAUAUAUAAGCGGAGUUACCACACCCAAGAAACCUAAACCACCAGCAGCCGGACACUGUUUCAGAAAAAGAAGCAAACAAAGAAGAUUGGUUUCUGGGCCACAGAGAAACAGAGAGAGAUAGAGAAAGAAAGCGAUAAGGGGAGAAGACAUCACUAUCACUACCCAAACACAGUCAUUCUUGUUAUUACAAAUUUAAUUAUCAUCUAAACGAUAUAAUCAUAAUGCAAAACAAAAUACCAAUAAUAUCUACAACAGCUGUUCUAGCCGCAUAAUUAGUAUAAACAUAAUCAUCGUAUGAAUCACAAUGAGAGAAAGAGGAAACCUCAGCCCUCCCCGACCCGAGGCAACCACAACACUGAACCCCCAAUCCCCCCAGCCCCUAUAAUAUUUAUAAAUAAUAUACAUAUAUACUACGCAUAUAAGCCAUACUGUACAGUUGAUGAUGAUGCAAUGCAAUGCUAACCUAAGCACACCUUCACAUACUUGAUGUAUACACAUUAUUAUUUAUAUUUAUCCUUACUCUUAAACUUAUACUUCGUAUAAACUCGACUCUACUCUACUCUACUAUAAUUUACUUCUUAUUUAUUGAUAAGUAGAAACACAGCGAUUCCAGCUUUAAUUUUGUUUAAUUAUUACACAUUUUGUUUGCCGUUUUUUCAUUGAUUUUUGAUUAAUAUUAUUAUUGGUUUUGUUUUGAUUUAGCUUAAGUAAAAAAUAGAGCAAGAGGAGGAGGAGGACAGUGAAAGGAUCACGAUCAUGAUUGGGAUCGAGAUCGGGAUCACUAAUGGGCGGUUAGAGCUUGAUGCUUUAGAUGGGCGCUUGGAGAUGGAUUACAUCCAUCUCAAUCGAUGAUGAUAAUGGAGUUUAAAUGACUUUCGACUUUAUUUCAUAUGCGAAUUUUUUAAAUAUAUACAUAUACAUAUUAAUAUAAAUAUUAAAUAAUUUAUAGUAAUUUAAACAAUUGCUAAACCACAACUAGUACUAAAAAAAAGAAGAUGAGAACAAACUAGAAAUUAUACCGAAACGGAAAUGAAUAAAAAUA